GUUCGAGCGGGCUCUUUGACGGUUGGGACGCGAAGAGGGACGGCGGCAAGUGCUCGGGGGAAGGAGAGCACAGUGUCGGCUGCACCCCGCGAUCAGCCAGAGCCCGGGAGAGGAGGUGGGAAACAAAUAUAAUCGCGGCCAGGUAAGAAAUUAUCUUAGAAAAUGCCACUCUAUGGUAAAAUCGUAGUCAUCAAGCGUACUGGAGCAGAUGGAUAUAAUUUUCCUUUGACGUCAUCUUCAUGCUUGUUUGGAAGGAAAACUGACUGUGAUAUCCGUAUCCAGUUGCCACAUGUUUCAAAAGAACAUUGUAAGCUUGAAGUAAAUGAAAAUAAUGAGGUAAUUUUAACUAAUUUGAGUGAAGUUAAUCGAACACAUUUAAAUGGCAAUGUUGUGCUUCACUCUGAACGUCUAAAGCAUCACGAUGUGUUCACGGUUAUUGAUCGUUCUUUCAGGUUUGAGUACCCUUUGGAUUCAGUGCACAACACUAGCCCAAGAAAAAGACGGAGUUUGUCAAAUCUGAGAAACGAAACUUUACAAGUUCUUCAUGUUCAACAGGGAGUGGAUGAUUGUUCACAAUCUUCUGGUAAUGAUCAUCGGUCUACAAGUGGACGCAAAUCUGAUGAAAUCCUUGAAGCACCAACUAAAUCCACAAAGGCAACACCAAAUGAAAAUGGUGAUUCAGCUCCAAAAGCUGCACGGAAGAGAAGCUCCUCAAAGAUUCUUAACAAUGAGCAACCUGCUGAUGAGGAACAUACAUCUCCUUUUUCCAAACUUUAUGAAAUGUUCAAGCACGAAGUCACAAAGCCAAUUCCGGUUAAACCAAACAAAGAAAACAGUGAUAUAUCUGAUAAAGAAAGCAGCACUGACUUGACAGAAGAAGGUAGUGUUGUGGAAAAGAAAUCUGAUGCCAUGGUUUCUCAGUUUGGCAAGAAUUCCCAAACAUCGCCAAGCACAAUUCGAGUGUCUGGGAGGAGAAGCAAAGUUAAGCUAGAAAAAGGAAAGAUGAAAAAAGACAACACAUGUGAAAAAGUUAACAAUUUGGAGUUUUUGUUAGUUGAGGGUGACGUAUCUGCCAAACCAACUGACUUUAACUGUGCCAAACAAAAUAAUAUUUCUGAAAAACUAAACAAGUUUACAGAUAAUCCCUCUUUUGGGGCAAAUGCUACAUCAUUUACAUCUUUUGAAGUAGGUGUUAAAGGGAAGGAUCAAAAUCACCUGCCUCCUAAAUGUGCACCAAACGUAAAACAAAAGAGUCAGAAUUUUACAACUCGUAAGUCAUUAACAGUAGAUGAAGCUAAAAAGAAAAUUCCGGAGAAUCUUGACUUUUCAAUGGAAAAAGGAAUAGGUGUGAAAACUGUUGAAAUGGAGCACAUACCUGCUCAUGGAGACAAGGAAAGGGCUGAAACCCCCAAGAAACGUGGCAGAUCAUCACUGCGUAACAACAAAACUGUACAACCUCCAGAGAUUCAGCCAGAUCAAGUUGAAUCCACAAAUGUCACUGAGCUUUCAGUUGCACAAGUGGUAGAUAUGAAACAACCAUCUGCUCAUGGAGACAAGAAAAGGUCUGAAACCCCCAAGAAACGUGGCAGAUCAUCAUUGCAUAACAAUAAAAUUAUACAACCUCCAGAGAUUCAGCCAGAGCAAGUUGAAUCCACAAAUGUCACUGAGCCUUCAGUUGCACAAGUGGUAGAUAUGAAACAACCAUCUGCUCAUGGAGACAAGGAAAAGGCUGAAACCCCCAAGAAACGUGGUACAUCAUCAUUGCAUAACCAAAAUAUACAACGUACAGAGAUUGAAACAGAUCAAGUUGAUUCCACAAAUGUCUCUAAGCCUACAGUUUCACAGGCAGUAUAUAUGAAACAACCAUCUGCUCAUGGAGACAAGGAAAAGGCUGAAACCCCCAAGAAACGUGGUAGAUCAUCAAUGCAUAACAAUAAAACUAUACAACCUCCAGAGAUUCAGCCAGAUCAAGUUGAAUCCACAAAUGUCACUGAGCCUUCAGUUGCACAAGUGGUAGGUAUGAAACAACCAUCUGCUCAUGGAGACAAGGAAAAGGUUGAAACCCCCAAGAAACGUGGUAGAUCAUCAAUGCAUAACAAUAAAACUAUACAACCUCCAGAGAUUCUGCCAGAUCAAGUUGAAUCCACAAAUGUCUCUGAGCCUUCAGUUGCAAAGUCAAAAGAUAUUUCAAUAGAUCUGAAAGGGGUACCUGCUCAUGGAGACAAGGAAAAGGCUGAAACCCCCAAGAAACAUGGCAGAUCAUCAUUGCGUGUCAAAACUAUACAACCUUCAGAGAGUCAAGCCGAUCAAGUUGAAUCCAUAAAUGUCUGUAAGCUUUCAGUUGCAAAACCACCUGCUUCAACUAAACUGAAAAGAGACACCACUCCCUCUUCACUCCGUGUGCGCAACAAUAGAAGGGAAAGUAAUUGCCCAACUGAAGCAGAAUACUUGGAGAAGACUUGUACGUCUAAUAGUCCACACAGGUUCUUAACUAGUGAACAAACUGAGAAGGUGGUAAGGAGGGAUCAUAAAAGUCCUAUGAAUACCACCACUGAACAACUGGGCCAGUUUUCAGCUGCAGAUGUUGGAUUCAAUCUGAAUUGUAGUAGCAAAGAAUCCUCUUCAUUUCCAGGUGCUAUCCUUCAUUCAUCUAAAAAGCGUAGAAGUGCAAAUGAAGAAAAUGUUUAUGCACCAAUUUUUAAACGAAAGAGAGUUUCUUUUGGUGCAAACCUGAGUCCGGAGUUGUUUGACAAACGCAUGCCACCAAGCUCUCCCCUCCGAAAAGGAGGCACUCCAACCAGAGUGAGCACACCAUUUCGAAGUACUCCACGUACAGUAUUGAAAUGUGCGACCAGUGUAGGAAUACACAGUUGUACGAUUCAGGAAUUCAAUGAGCAAACUGAAAAUGAUCAAAUAAGUCCCAGACGUUCUCGCACCCCAUCAGAAGAUUCUUCCAGGCAAACCAAGAAAUCACCUGCCAAAAUUUCCUCACCAGUCAAAGAGUCUUCGUUAACAACUGCUAAAAAGUCACCAGUAAAGGGGUCACCCUUAGUCAAGACACCAAUGUCAAGCAAGAUAGCUCCUUUGUCAACAACACCACCCUCUUUGUCUUCCAGCAAGAAGUCAUCUGUUGCAAGACCUCCUUCACAAAGCAAGUCUCCCUCAUCCAUUACCAAGAAGUCAUCUGAUGUUAAAGCAUUGCCAACUUCGUCACCCAGACAAUCGGUAGCCAAUAAAUUGCCAAGUUCAAUUGAUGAAAGAUCAUUUGAUUGUUCUCCACGUACAUGUGGACGUUUCUCAAUCUCACAUGUUGCCACCCCCUCGUUAAACCGGUCAAAGUCUCCUCGCUUUACACCAACUUCCCCUGAUGUAGACCUGUUCGGAAAAUCUGAGGAGAAAACCGAUUUAAUGGCAAGCUCUGGGAAAAGUUCUUCCAGAAAGAGCACCAGACGAAGUGGUUUGUUACUUGCAGCAUUACGUACCAGAAGACAGUCAGGAGCUUCUGCUGCCAAUUUAUUUGUGAAAAAAUCAUGGGCACAGAUAGUGAAGGAAGGAGUGGCAAAACCUCAGUUGCAGUGUGCAAGAAAGAAAUCUGCUGUGGUGCAAAAACGGACCAAGAAUACUGUCUCUUUGAAAGCGACUCCUGUUCAUUCAGUGAAAGGCCACUUUAGUACUGGUCAUGCUGCAUCCCCAGCAACCAUAGUCAUUGGAAAGUCACAGCCUACUACUAUUAAGCCAACUGGACAGGUUCCGCGGGUCAUAAGAAUUGUUUCACUGAGACAUAAAGACUAUGAAAUGGAUGAGAGUUUGUCAGGCAUGGCUGAAAUGUUUAGUACUCCAACAAAUGAAAAUGUGAGCACACAGCCAGUACGCUUAACCUCAGAUAUUGUUGAUAAUUCUCAAACUGCUCUGGCCAACCCAAUAGCACAGAAAUCAUUCGAAGAGUCCAUUAUCAAAACACCCGAAGAAACUGGUGUAAUGGCUGUCUCACCAUUAAGUACCCCUGGUCAAAGUAGUGGAAAAUACAGCAAUUCAGUUUCGCGUUUACUGAGAUGCAGAGUUGAUUUCUCUUCUGGUAUAAAUGAUCUUUACAAAAACACCACAAAAGUAAAAGGCAAGCCUGUGGAAGAUAUGGUUGGUGUAAAAAGAAUCAUGAAAACUCCCAAAGUCAAAGGCAAGCCUGUGCAAGAUAUGGCUGGUAUUAAAAGGAUCAUGAGGUCUCCCAGAGUCAAAGGCCAGCCGGUGGAAGAUAUGGUUGGUAUUAAAAGGAUCAUGAGGUCUCCCAGAGUCAAAAGCCAGCCAGUGGAAGAUAUGGUUGGUAUUAAAAGGAUCAUGAGGACUCCUAGAAUCAAAAGCCAGCCAGUGGAAGAUAUGGUUGGUAUUAAAAGAAUCAUGAAGACUCCCAGAGUCAAAGGCAAGCCAGUGGAAAAUUUUGCUGGGCUGCCUAAGCUCAUGACUGAAACUAAACAAAAAGCAGAAUCUCCUGGAGUAAACUAUGUUGGAAUAAAGAACUUAUUUCAUACUGUGAAGGAGAUGGAAAGCUGUGACAAGACGAGUUUGGAUGAAAUGUUUUCAGCUGCUAUAAAAACUGAAGAGAGUCCAGAUUCCAAGCUGCAACCAAGUUUACAGAGAAGUGCAAACAAAGAGACAACGAAUAAACUACCUAUAUCACCUGAGAAUAUGAAUAGUGUUAGACAGAUAAUAGAAACAACAGAAAAUAAAUUGAGCCAGGUUGUAGAACAUCACGAUGACUUACAAUCAACAACAAAAAAAUCUUCCAGACAAACCUGUGAUAAUUCAAGUCUGACAUCAGAUGUUAAGGUGUCUAGAAAGGGACAAAUUCAGACUGAACGUGUGACCUCUCCAUCUUCCCAAGAACUGCAAAUGCUACAACCUGAGCAGUUUGAAACUUCUCACAUGUUUGAAACUAAAAGUGUUGAUUAUUUGGAGAGCCAAACAGCUGAAUCUAAAGAUGGACAAGCUGUAUUGAAUAAAUUAAUUUUACCAGCAAGGAGAUCGUUAAAAGGAAGGAAGGAAGGAAACGAAAUUGGUACAAAAGAAUGUCUAAUGACAAUGAAUGCCACACCAAAUAAGAGCAGAUAUUUAGUUGAAUGCAUAGAGGAAGUAAGCAAAAUGGUUUCAACCAGGAAAUCUUUAGCAAAGAAGGAAUCUAAUGAUGUUGAUGUGCAGAUGUCAGUUGCAUUGAACAAGACCACACCAGAUGAGAAAGAAUCUCCCCAUGAGCCAAUUGAAGAAGUAACUGUGUUGAAGCCACAGACGCGGAGAUUGUUGAAAGAAAAGGAUGAAAUACAACCGAUUGAGUCAGAAGAUUUGUCUGCCUCAACAAAAAGGAAGAAAGUUCACAGUCUGAUAACUGAUGAGAAAAUAUCGCUUAGAUCAAAUAAAGCCAUGCCAGGGGAAAAAGAGUCUCCCCAAGAGCAAAUGGAGGAAAUAAAUGUGUUGAAAUCGCAGGCAAGGAGAUUAUUGAAAGAGAAGAAUGAAAUUCCACAGGUUGAAUCAAAGCAACCGUCUGCCUCAACAAAAGGAAAGCAAAUCUGCAACAAUCAAGAUGUUGAUGUGAAAAUGUCACUUAGAUCAAAUAAAACUACUCCAGGCAAAGGAGAUGCGCUCCAUGAUCAAAUUGAGGAAGUAACUGUGUUGAAUGGGAAGAAUGAAAUUCAAAAUAUUCUCAAUGUUCAAUCGAAAGAAUUGCCGAGCAACAAUGCCACUCCAAUUAGAAAUGAUUCUCCAUGUAAAGCUGAGGAGUUGAACAAGCUAUUUUCACCGUUAAUUAAAUCAUUGAGAGGGAAGAAGAUAGUUCAAAAUGUCAACAGCACUGAAGAUGAGACAGAAGCCCAAAAUAUUCAAGACAAUGAAGUAACAGACCCUUCUACUUCAGCAAAGACCUACAGGCGAGAUAAAAGACAAAUUCCAGUGCUACAAGUUGAAGAGAUGGUGCACAAAAAUUCAAGGAAGAGACUUCAAAGAAGAAAGGUGGAAACUGAAAUUAUCGAAGUUACUGAACUGAAAAAUUUGCCUAUAGCAAAGACCUCAAAAGAUGAGAAGGAAACUCAAUGCAUACAAAAUGAAAAAUUAGACAAUUCACCUUUGAACCUAGCAAUGCAGGAAACUAGUAACGUCCAAAAUGUCGAAUUAGUGAUGACGAAAAAUGAAUGUGCAUCAUCAAAAACCUCCGUAAACGACAAGGAGGUUAAAGACCUUCCAGUUGAAGAUCCAAAAGUGCUUAUUACAAAAGGAAGAUCAAAGAGAAGGAAGAAUGUUGAAGAACCUGAGGGACAAAAGCAACUUGGUAGAACAGAUGGGUACACGAGGAGAGGAACACGCUGUACACGUGCUGAAAUCUUAAAGGACUCAAAUGUCUUACAGGAUAAUUUAAGAAAUGAGGAAGUGGUAGAUAAAGAAAAUGGAGUUAACUCUGAAAAUCUAAAAUUACUUGAAAAAGACUUGGCUUGUUCCAAAUCCAGAUCCACACGUGGAAAGAGAGGACCGCAGGAUUUUCUUUUGGAAGAAGUUGGACAGGAAUCUGCUCUGGCAAAGAAAUUGCGAAAAGAAGAACUUGAUGAAGCACUAUUAAAGAAAAGUGUACACUGGGAUUCUAACAUUGCAUCUGCCAAAUUAGAUGGUACAGUAGAGAUGUUGCAAGAUAUAUUUAAGAGAACAGAGCUUCCUGUACUUGAAAGAAAGUCACGAAGAGGAAAAUCUGCAAAAGAAGUAAAUCCACAAACUUCGUUGGAGUCAAUAGAAAUACCAGGUAAAGCAGUACCUGAGCGUGCAAGCAACAAAAUAAUUGCUGAUUCAUGUGUAAUUCCUGAAUCACCUGAACAGAAAGGAAGGCCAAAAAGGGGAAAAGCUAAUGUCUUGUGUGAAUCAAAGGCAUUCACUAAAGAUAAAUAUGAAAAUGCUAAGGAAGGAAUGUCUGCAACAAAAAAGACCCGUCAACAUAGUGAAUCAGUCUUAAAGCCAUCACCUACAUCAAUAAGAAGACCACUAAGAGGAAACGCUAGACUGAAAUUAACUCAAAUUGAGGAAGAAAAUGUAAAAGAAUUGCCAUCUAGAAAAUCAAAAAGAAACAUAGCAGCGCAGAAAUUAAUCACAACUAAUGAUGAAGAGCAACAUGUUCCAGUCAGUGGGACCUCAGGGCAAGAAGAACGUAAAAUGGCUAUGGAUUCAUCUAAGGCAAAGGUGAGAGAUGUGCAAGCUGCUAAGCAAACUGCAAAUAAAUGUGAAAGUAUUAAUGAAGCAGCAAAAGCCUUUGAAGUGAUGAGUGAUGCUAAGAAAACUGAUACAGUAUUGUCAGGUGAAUGUGAAAUCAAAGAAAACACUCGACCCAAGAGAGGUGUUAGAAAGGGAAGAUCUGCAAAAGAGAUUGAAACAAAAAUUGAAGUGGAAAAUGCACUUUUUGAAGCUGCAGAACAACUGAAUUUGUCAAAGACAACUUCAAAAGAAGCAACUCAAACUGAGGAAGGUAUUCAGAAAAAAAAAUCUUUUGACAAAAAGCUGCCUAAGCCAGUUACUAAUGUAAACAACAAAACAAAAAAUGUUAAGAAAGAUGCUGUAUCUGUUGAGCAAGCAUUUUCAGAUGAAGGGCCACAAAUUGAAGAAGCAGUUGACCCUGUUCUCAGAAAGGGUGGCCGUGGAAGGGUUAAAAGAAGCACUUCAGCUGUUAUCAGUCAGGAGAUGAGCGUAAAUGCAACUGGAAAGAAACAAAUCACAGUAAAUUCAGCUACUGAAUCUGAAAAGACCAAGACAGCCAGAAGAGGACGAAACAAUGACAAGGAAACUGCUAAUAUGAUUGUUCAAGUAGACAAAAAUGAAUUAAUAGAUAAAAGGAGGAGACCUAACAUUGAAAUGCGAACAAAUGGUGCUGAGGAGAUGCAUUCCAGGAAAGAUGAGCUGAAAGAUAAUGGCAAAGCACAAGAUCCCAGCUUCCAGUUAGUGGAAUCUGCAAAACCAGCUCGGAGAGUUACGAGGGCAAACAAAUCUUGUGAGCCUGCAGCAAUAGAACCAAUUUCAGAUCAGUCAGUUGUUAGUGCUUCACUUCAGCCAGCACCUUUAUGUUCAUCAAAAAGAACCCUCAGAGGAAAGCGUGCUAUUACAGAAACGACCGAUUUAUCUCCCAAAAAAUCAAAAAUUGAAACAGUGACUGGAAAUGUAAGAAACCAAGGCAGAAAAAUAGGCAAAGGAGAUGGUUCCCCAAAAAUCAAACUUGCUGCCAUGCCACAACCAGCUAAGCCAAUGGGGCGUUCUACUAGAUCUCGAAAAUAGAAAACCCCUGCAUCCCGUCAUAUUCUUGUCACGUAUUUGCAUGUAUAUUUCAGAAAUUGCUUUACAAUUGGUUUUUGAUUUUCCUGCUAUUUUAUUUACUUUUGGCAAGGUUGAGCUUUUAUCUUUACUGUAUAAUUUGUUCAGCAAGUUGCUUCUAGUGCUUGAUGGGAAAAGAAAAUAUAUUAAUGCUAUACUGAAAUUUUAGUAGAAGAGCCAAUAUUUUUAUGAUUUUAUAAGUCUGUAGUUUGUGGGAGUAAAUAUAAAGCAAUUAGUUGCAGGGAAGUACUCAUUGUGAUAUGGAAGAUUUUAUUUUUUCUGUAUCUACAUCAACGAUUUGGAUUGUAUAUUGGCAUAAAUUGUAUUUUAUACUCAAAAUUCUUGCAAGCAGUCUAAUUUUACAAUAAAUUUUGUAUCUCUGGCAUAUCUUGUCAUCUUAUACUA